GCAACGAACAGACUUGUCUUGUGUUUUUGUUCACAUUUAUGCGAAGAAAGGUGGUGAAAAUUAUUGUCUUUCGUGAUUGUUAUCAAAAAAUAUAUCGAUUCUGUCCAAAACUGUGCAUAAACUCUCGCUUAAUGUAGCGUUUAUGUGAGGUUGCAAGCUAAAAGUUAAACGUUUGUUUGUCCCUUUGCGCUGCCACUCGCCGCCAUGGAGGAAGACACCGAGUACAAGAAGCUCCCUGUCGACGAACGGUGCGUGCAUAAACUGUGGAAGGCUCGCGUAGACGGUUACGAGGAGGCAGCGAAAUUAUUUCGCACAAUCGAUGACGAAAAAUCUCCGGAAUGGAACAAAUAUCUGGGUCUCAUAAAAAAGUUUGUCAUCGACAGUAAUGCAGUGGCGCAAGAGAAGGGGCUGGAGGCGGCCCUUGUGUUUAUUGAGAACAGUGGUAACGCUGGUAAAACGGUCGGAGAAGUUAUGGGAGGAAUCAUCACAAAAUGCAUUGGUGCGCCCAAGGCCAAAACCAAGGAUUUAGCUGUGCAGAUCACAUUGAUGUACAUCGAGAUCGAGAAGCAAGAGAUUGUACUGGAAGAAUUGCUGAAGGGGACGGAACAGAAGAAUCCUAAAAUCGUUGCAUCUUGUGUUGUUACGAUUACGCAGGCUCUAAGAGAGUUCGGUAGUAAGGUCAUUAGCAUAAAACCCAUUGUUAAGAAACUUCCAGCUAUUUUGAGUGAUCGUGAUAAAUCGGUACGGGAUGAGUCUAAAUCGCUGACUAUUGAAAUCUACCGUUGGAUUGGAGCAGCGUUCAAAUCACAAAUUGCCUCUCUUCCGGCUGUGUUAUUGACUGAGUUGGAGGCCGAAUUUGAGAAAGUGAGUAAUAGUAAGGCAGUUCCAACGAGAUUUUUACGUUCGCAGCAGGAGAAACAAAUGCUGGCAACAGUUGCAAGUAGUGGUGAUGUGGAAGACGGAGCAAUUGAUGAAGAGGCCGAUGAGGCGGAAGAGGUCGAUCCAUUGGAUCUGAUAGAUCCGGUUGACAUUUUAUCUAAGCUUCCAAAAGACUUCUACGAUAAAUUGGAAGCCAAAAAGUGGCAAGAAAGGAAGGAGUCACUGGAAGCGUUAGAAACAUUGCUGCAGAAUCCGAAACUACAACCUGGUGAUUACGGUGAUGUGGUCCGAGCUCUUAAGAAAGUUAUCACUAAGGACACAAAUGUAGUUUUAGUAGCGCUCGGUGGAAAAUGUUUGGCAAUGCUUGCCAAAGGUUUGGCUAAAAAAUUCAAUCCAUAUGCUGGGGCAUGUAUUCCAGCUAUUUUGGAGAAAUUCAAAGAAAAGAAAACUAACGUCGUUACAGCUCUAAGAGAUGCUAUCGAUGCAAUUUACCCUUCCACGACAAUGGAUGCAAUUCAGGAGGAUAUUUUGGAAGCAUUGGCAAAUAAAAAUCCAAACGUAAAAAUGGAAACAGCUUCAUUUUUGGCUCGAGCGUUCACAAAGACAUUACCAACAAUGCUCAACAAAAAACUUCUCAAAGUCGUCGUUACUGCUCUCCUCAAAACGUUGAAUGAAUCCGAUCCGGCAGUUCGCGAUGCGUCAGCGGAAGCACUUGGUACUGCCAUGAAGUUAGUUGGCGAAAAAGCCAUUGGUCCAUUCCUUACCGAAGUGGAUGCUUUGAAACUUGCCAAAAUAAAAGAGUGCUGUGAGAAAGCAGUUAUUACUAUUAAAAUUCCGGGUCCAAAAAAAGAACGACCUGCAACAGCUCCUGCAAAAAGUUGUGCCGCACCAACAGCGAUUACCGGAGCCGUUAAAAAAGGUGGAUCGUCAGAACCAAAACCAGUGGCCAGACCUGCAACGGCUGGUAUCAAAAAACCAGGGAUAAAAAAAUUACCAAGUGCUGGUGGAGGAACAGGCAUUUCCAAAUCGGCAAGUGCGGCAAAGGUUCUUCCGACAGAGCGUGAUAUGUCACAAGAAGAAAUAGACGAAAAAGUUACGGAUAUCUUACCUCCGGAUGUUGUUCAAGGACUGAGUGAUUCCAACUGGAAAACGCGAUUAGCGGCGAUCGAAUCCUUAUCGGGUGUGCUAUCUGAUCUAGAUCCUAAAUGUGGUCACUCGCAGGUGAUCCUGCGGUUUCUCGCUAAAAAACCGGGUCUGAAAGAUACCAAUUUCCAAGUGUUGAAAAUAAAGUUAGAAAGUGUGCGGGAGACGAUUGAACGACUUGGUAUUACGGUUACAACUGCUGAUUACAUAAUAAAUGAUAUUACUGAGAAACUAGGCGAUGUGAAAAAUAACGGACCUUCUGGACAGGCGUUAACCGCUAUUGCAGAGUCAAUCAAGUUGGAAUAUGUUAUUUCCAAAGUUAUGGAAUUUGCUUUUGAGCAAAAAUCUCCAAAAGUCCAACAGGAAGCUCUCACAUGGGUUAACAAUGCGAUCAGAGAGUUUGGCUUUCAGGUAAAUCCCAAAUUAUUGCUUGAUGAUUCUAAAAAGGCUGUUCAGAGUAUUAAUCCAGCAGUCCGAGCAGCCGGAAUUGCCUUGCUUGGAACCAUGUACCUAUUCAUGGGGAAUACAUUGGUUAUGUUUUUUGAAAACGAAAAGCCAGCUUUAAAGCAACAAAUUCAGGCUGAGUUUGAUAAAUGUGCGGGACAGAAACCUCCCGCUCCCACGAGGGGAUUGUCUAAGUGUCCUAGUAAAGCAUCAAUGGAUGAUAAUCAGGAUGAAAACGGCGAAACUGAGGAUCAUCCAGUGGUCAACAUAACCGAUUUGCUUCCUCGAGUGGAUAUUUCCUCACAGAUAACUGAAUCUCUUCUCGCAGAAAUAUCAGACAAAAACUGGAAGACCAGAAAUGAGGGGUUGGAAAAAUUGAGAGCCAUUAUCAGUGAGGCUAAAUUGAUCAAAUCAAAUCUGGGAGAUUUGCCGCAAGUGUUGGCACAGAGAUUAGUCGAUAGCAAUGCAAAGAUUGCUCAGACUUCGGUGGAAAUUUGCGAUCAGAUUGCCGUUGCAAUGGGGCCUCCUUGUAAGCAGUAUGUGCGCGUAUUCUUCCCAGGGUUUUUGAAAGGAUUGGGCGAUGGAAAAGCAUUCAUUAGGAGUGCAUCAAUUUCGUGCAUCAACACGUGGGGCGAUCAAGCAGGGUAUAAGGAGUUUUUUGAAAGUGAAAUGAUUGCAGAUGCACUGAAAAUAGGCAGUCCGGCUUUGAAGACAGAGGUGUGGGGCUGGUUGGCGGAAAAAUUACCACCGCUUCCGUCCAAGAGCAUCCAAAAGGAUGAACUGAUUGCCAUCCUGCCACACCUGUAUGCCAACAUCUGUGAUAGAAAUGCAGACGUUCGAAAGAACGCUAACGAAGCCGUCUUGGGUAUCAUGAUUCAUUUGGGUUACGACGCGAUGAUGAAGGCACUGGAUAAACAGAAGCCAACGUCGAAAAAGGAUAUUCAAGCUGCCCUGGACAAGGCACGGCCAAAUUUACCAGUGAAACCAUUACCGAAAAACAAGCAGCAAGCGCCAAUUAUCGAAGAGCCUAAGGCUGUGCGACCUGGCACAGCAAAGCUGCUACCAAAAACAUUGGGAUUGGGUGCGAAAGCGAACGCUACGACCAUUUCCCGCAAGAAGGAUGAAGAGGUUGAUACAUCUCCAUUACUGGCCAUUAACAAUAUGAAAAGUCAGCGUUUGUUGGACGAACAGAAAUUGAAAGUUCUCAAAUGGACGUUCACCACUCCAAGAGAAGAGUUUACAGAUCUUCUGAAAGAACAAAUGAUAUCAGCUAAUGUUAACAAAGGACUGAUUGCGAAUAUGUUUCACGAAGAUUUCCGGUAUCACUUGAAGGUGAUUGAGGCCUUGGUAGAGGAUUUGCCCAAAAACGACAAAGGACUGAUUUGCAACUUGGAUCUGAUAAUGAAGUGGCUCUCUCUUAGAUUUUACGACACUAAUCCUUCUGUAUUGCUCAAGGGAUUGGAUUACUUGAAUCUGGUAUUCCAGAUGCUUAUCGAGAAACAGUAUGUACUGGCAGAAAAUGAAGGAAGCUCGUUUGUUCCCCAUCUGCUUACGAAGAUAGGCGAUCCCAAAGACGUUGUGCGCAAUGGUGUUCGUACACUCCUACGGCAGAUUUGUUUAGUUUAUCCGUUUGCGAAGGUGUUUGUUUUUGUUAUGGAUGCACUAAAGUCUAAAAAUGCUCGACAGCGUGCGGAGUGUUUGGACGAGCUGGGCUACCUUAUUGAAACAUAUGGUUUAACAGUUUGUCAACCAACGCAACAGGCCGCUUUAAAGGAAAUCGCUAAGCAUAUUUCGGACAGAGAUAAUUCGGUGCGCAAUGCUGCACUUAAUGCAGUUGUGCAGGCUUAUUUCCUUGCAGGAGAGAAGGUGUACAAACUGAUUGGACAGCUAUCGGAGAAGGAUCUGUCGAUGCUGGAUGAGCGAAUUAAGCGGUCGAAGAAAACUUUUGUCAAGAAACCGAGCAGUUCUAUCGAUAUAGUGAAGGUGCCAUCUGCAACUGAAAUGAAUAUCGAAAGCGAACCUGUGGAGGAGGAAGAAGAGGUGAUUCCAUUAGAACAGCCUGCGGAAGCGACACAAGCACGUAAACGUAGAUCAAUUGUGUUUAACAAUAGCAUCAAAAUCAAUCAAAUCGCUACUGAUGCAUCUAACGGAGAGCUAGCGGUAAAUAAUGACGAAUCUGAAAACGCACAUAAAAAACUUCGGGAGGAGCAGGUUGCUCCGGAAUUGCCAAAACCACCGGAAGUGUGUCCACCCAAAGUCAGCGGUCCGUUUAAGCUGGACGAAAAUGUGAUUGCCGAGAUUGAAUGCAACUGGGUUAAGGCCGAACAACAUCGCAAACUGGAUCUGCCGAUGAUUGAUGUCACGUUCAUAUACGACUCGAUCAAGGUAAUUCCAGUUCGAGGUGUGGCAUAUCCAGAGGACAAGUUCCAACAACUGCUGGCACGAACAUUGCAUCGGCCAAUUAGUGCCCAUUCACGCGAAUAUGCGAUGAGUCCACCAUCGCAUCUGCGUUCGCCGGCCUACGGCGGAGCGGUUAAGCCAAAACCAACUGCAAAUUUAGCCGAUGCAUUGCCCAAGCUGGACCCGAAUUUGCUGCGCAUCAUUCGAGGUAUUGGUAGUGCCGACGUUUACACUGCACAUGCCGCCAUUAACGAGCUAUCGGAUAUACUGGAAUCACAAGAAAAACAAGCUGUUCUAAGGGAUUACGAGGAGAUCUACAUACAAAGUAUAUUGCAGCAGUUCAAGUACUUGCAACAAAAACCCUUAGCCGAUUCGUUGGCUAUGUAUCAACCAUUGUUGCACAGUAUAUACUCUUUCUUUGCUUCUAAAACGCUCGGUAAAAAUCUUUCGGUCAACACCAUUAAAAGUAUUAUAGCAGUAUUGUUGGGACUGAUGGCGGACAACAAACUAGGUGGUAGUACGGAUGAUGCACAGUUUACCAAAGUCGUGAACGGCAUUUGUUUGAAAAUUCUCGACCGAUCAAAUUUCACCAAUUUGAACUGUGCUCUAAUUCGCCUGCUGAAAGAGUCUUGCCAAACGAGCUGCUUGCCUAAGUUCACCGAUCUGUUGAUGAAAUGUAUCUGGAGAAAUGUUAAAGUUAUCCCCGAUAGACUUCCGGAUCUUGAGUACGAUGCUGUGUUGAUGGAAGUUCAUGAGUUCAUGCUCGCUUUGCCGAGCGUAUGGUGGCAGCAACGUCCGUCGGAUACUCCCCUGCGGACUAUUAAAACAAUCAUUCACAAUAUGACUAAAAUAAAAGGCAACUCUAUUCUGCAGCACCUGAACAAGAUUCCCAACCAUUCGGAACUCAACACCUACAUUCUUCGAAUAUUGAAAAAUCUUAGCAAAGAGUCCUCUUCAAAUGCGGCAAAUCAGCACGCGUCGGCAAUUGCGAAUUCGAACAGUGAAAACAACAAUACUCAGCACCGAUCUGGUAACCGACCGGUGCACGAAACGCACGAGGAAGUAUCUAACAUCUUUAAGCUUAUCUCCAACACUGAUACCAGCCAAGAGGGCUUGUCGAAACUAUACGACUUCAAGUCAAAAAACCCCGACGUGGAUAUACUUCCAUUCUUGAAAGGAGCGAGUGUCAGUUUCCAAAAGUACAUUAUCGAUGGACUAGCAGAACUGGACACGAAUAAGCAGGGAGCUGCUGAUACUGAUAAGAAAGUAUUGAUUGGAAAUCGUGUGCCACAGUCAACCGCGAAUUCAGAUUACUGGAUGGAACGAUUAAACUCACUCAUGACAAAAACUAAUCACACAUCAAAUCAACAAAACAGUACGGGCAAUAGCCAGUAUUCGGACAACAAAAUCACCGACGAAAAUCUUAAUCUAAAUCAACUGCAACCCAAGGUCAAUUUGCUGCGAAAGGAAGUAGGUGGAGGUUUGGGUUCUGGUUUAGGUCCCACUGCUGGCGGUGGUGGUGGUAGUGGAGGUAAUACAAGCAUUGUGAGCAAUAUUCCACUGCAUCGAAGAGAACUGUUAGCACAGAAGUUGGAGCAACUAAAGCAGCAAAAGUAAGGCGGAAACACGAACAGAGUUCAAUCCGGUUCUUCGUUUCUUAGAACAAUAACUGGGAAAGUAGCGAUAAGGCACACAAAGUACUACAGGAUACAGGCGAAUAUAUGAUUAUAGUUUCACAAGUGUGAACUUGUUUAGCCAAUUACUCAUUGGACAUUGUUAACUGGUUAGAAUCACAACACCCUUUUCUGUUUUACACUUUUCUGUUUUACACUUUGUAUAAGUAUUAGAAUACGAACAAUAGGCUAUUUUCGACAAAGAAACUCUUGUUAGUAAGGCUAUUCCAAAUUUGUUCUUUUAGCAUAGAAAGCCUUUGGUAUGCGUCAAAAGUAUCCUUUUACUAAACGAGGACUAUUAAAAAUUGGCUGUUAAUGCUUCGAAUAAUGGCC